AAACCAUCAUCUGACUUGGAUGCCCCUCUCUAUGAUGCCCUCAAGAAAAAUUUGGUUGACUAUAUCAUCCCUUCUAAACUUUCAUGGCAAGACCCGGAGACAAAUAUGGUUUUAAGUGAUGAGUCAGUUGUGGUAAAAAAAUUAAGUCAAAGGCAAAAACGUGCUUUCAUGGAGCCUUGUGAAAAAUGA